AUGGCUGGAAUUUCUCCGUCCGCUCAUCAUCUCGCUAUGAACCGCGCACUUCUUCGGGGGGCCGUGUGCCAUUCCUGUCGCAAUGAGGCCCUCCGAGUCUUCAUGUCGAUAUCCGGUGUACCUAUGCCACGAUUUGCUGUCGCGCCUCCUAUCCCCGGCACCAGAGCCUUCUCCGUUAAAAGCCCACUGCGCUCUGAUUCCCCAUCGCAUCGCCCCGAUAUUCAGCUACCGGCCAGAGAAGAAUCUCAAACAAAACCCGACGAAUCUGCGUCGAAACAUGUUCCGUGGUAUCUGCAGGAAGAGUCACCAGCCACUGAAUCUCGCCCAGUGUCCGCCGAGCAUCUCCCGCAAAUCCCGGACAACGCGCCAGAGAUGCUUCCAGUCCUCCUCGAGUAUACAUACAAGGACCUUGGCUUAGAUGACCUGAAACUCUUUGACCUGCGGGAUCUUGACGUUCCCGCAGCCCUGGGCGCCAAUGUCAUUAUGAUCCUCGGAACCGCGCGCAGUGUAAAGCACCUGAAUGUCUCCGCGGAUCGUCUUUGUCGGUGGCUGCGAAGCCAAUAUAAGCUAUCUCCAUAUGCAGAUGGGUUGCUGGGCCGCAACGAACUGAAGAUCAAACUCCGGCGCAAGGCCAAGCGGGCGCGCGCGGCCAGCCAGGCUGGUGCUAUGCUGGACGAAAAGGAUGACGGCAUCACCACGGGCUGGAUUUGUGUGAAUGCCGGUGUUGUGGAUAAGGGCUCUCCCACGUCACAGCUCGCCUCUGCUGGAUUUGAGGGGUUUGGAGAUGUCGAAACCGGUACUAGCGUGGUUGUCCAGGUUUUCACCGAGGAAAAGAGGGCCGAUAUCGACCUUGACGGGCUUUGGCAGGGUACCCUGGACCGAGCGGAGCGGAAAAAGCUUCGAGAACCCACAAGCAGUGCGCCAGCGUCUGGUGCAGUCAGCACUUCCACCGUCCAGAAGAGGAGCUUUCAUACAGAUCGUCGGCUCGCAGUGACCGACUCUAGUCCUUCGGUUCGCUUGUCUGAAUUACACCCCCCGUCCCUAGACCCGCCUACCACUCAAUCUGUUUCAUCCGAGAUGACUCCGGCAUCUCUGCUUAAGAUGCUGUCCGAACUCCCCGAAGCCAGUGUACAAAAUGAGCUAGGGAGUGGGCCAAAUGACCGAGAAUCUACUCUUUUCCUACGGCUUUUCUACACUGGCCACUCAUCCGCGCAUGAUUUGGCCGUGGCCCGAUUGCGGCUGCUUUCCAUCGCCACUUCUCGACGACACCCGGCUUACAGCAAAGAAGCAUUAUUCAACGAGUUCUCGGAUUUCCUGCACCAAGGAUAUGACAUUCCUGAUGAACUUGGUUUCGAAGUUGUUUCUGCUCUCUUAACCCGACCGUAUGUGGAAGGCUCUACUUCUGAGAUGGAAUACACCCCGGACGCCGACGUGGAACUAGCGCUAUGUGUAUUGGACCGUCUCAGCCUCCGCGGUGUACCGAUUUUGACCAUGGGCAUAUUCGAAAUGUUCUAUCGUGCAAUCGGCAUUCCAAGCAAAUCAGACGCAGCGUUUCCGGAGCCAGAACUGAACCUGGAGGAUCCAGAGGGCAAUGCGCAGAUGAUGGCAGGGUAUGCCAGAAGCCAGUCUCAACGCGAGGCUCUGGCCCGAGUGUCCAAGCUCGUAUCCGCAGUCGACCUCCCCUUCGAACCGGAGCAGGCACGCCGCCUUAUGGUGACCAUGUUCCAGCACGGAGACUUUGAUGGAUUUUGGCGGCUGUGGCGCCAAAUACCAUUGAAGGGAAGUGGUCGCACGCAGGAUGACUAUCUACAGCUGUUCCAGUUGCACGUGGAACUGGGCGAUGAGCGACGAGCUCGAGACUGUCUGUCUAUGUGGGUGCCGCAGAUGGCCCACGAAUCCCCCGCGAUUCAGCUGGAGGGCCCGAUCGUGUCUACCAUCAUGCACUGUAUCCUGGUGGCUGAGCCGGGCGUCAACGACCGGCCAGCUGAUGCUGUUCCGAGUGUCUUUUCGCAUGUCUAUGACAGUUGCACCACAGCUCUUGCGAAAUGA